CUCAGGCACUUUUAUGUAAAUUUGCUUCUUCACUUCUCAGACUUUCCAAUGGUAUAUAGCACGCAUAGAGAUGAAACUUGGUAUGUAUGCCUUUUAUAUCAUUUCCAUGACGAUUACAUGUUUCCAUGACGACCACAUAUUGUUUGAAAAAUUUUCUAUAAAACUACUUCUUCACUCCUCAAACUUGCUAACCGUAGCACGCAUGGAGGUGAAACUUGGUCCAUGCAUAAUACUGUUUCCAUGACAACCACAACAACAAAUAGCCUCAGGCACUUUUCUAAAUAUUUCUUCACUCCUCAAAUUUGCUAACUGUAGCAUGGAGGUGAAACUUGGCAUGUGUGCCUAUUAUGUAUAUCAUUUCCAAGAUGAUUACUUGUUUCCAUGGCGACCGCAUAUUGUUUGAAAAACUGAUGCAAUUUUCUUCAAAACUACGUACUUCUUCACAUUGUACAAAUUUUUUACAUGCACAUAUUUGUUUUCUCACUUUUAUUAGUGUUCUAGCAAUGUAGCAUGGCUAUAAGUUUGUUUGCUUUAACCUUUUUAGGUUACUUCCAUAGUCUCACCUAGUGUUGAUGGAUCAUUUAAGUCAACCAAUUUACCCAUGGAUAUCCAUCUUAAGCCUAAUGUUCUUCAUGAACUGUUUAUACAGGGCAAGUGGAAGGACAUAGACUGUGUAUGGUGCUCCUCGCUAAGUUGCGAUAUUUUAACAAUGGGUAAGAACUUCCUUGUAUAUAUCAUGCUGCUCAUUUUUGUCAGGUUGGAAAGCAGAAUAUGGAUACCUUUGUUGAAGAUGACACUGAAGAUUCGUUCCUGUUAUACAAUGGUAGCUGUGAUACCAUUGAAAUUCCAGAUUCCUCUUCUAUCAAUGUCUCGUUUGGGGGUCAAGAUCUGGUGGAUGUGAAUAUAAGCCGCUACGAACUAGUUUCUGAGCCCAGAAAGGUGGAGAAGAUUCACAUAGGGUAUUCCAAAAAGUCUAAAAGAAUUGAUGCGAAGAGGCUUAAAGAUACAAUGUGGGAAAUAAUUCUCAAGGAUGAUACUGAUACUUCAGGAAAAGGCCGGAUUGAAUUCAGCAGCUUAUGCUUCCAGGUGUCAACUCUUGUACCAGAGAACAUGAAGACUGAUUUAACAGUUCCAAUUUGCUUCGUUUUUUUACUCCAUUUGGCAAAUGAAAAGGGGUUAGUACUGUCUGAUGGAGGAGGCAGUUCAUCGGAAGUCAUGAUAAGAACAAGUGACCCUGGGUAGCAUUAAUAUUAUUCAUGCAUGCUCUCAUCAUUGUUUUUAUCUGUCUGUGUAAACCAACCCUAUGUGCUUUAAAAGAUUUGUAACAGUAUUCACCAGGUGAUAUUGAUCAUUAAGCACCAUAAACAUGACAAGGACUCUGUAGGAUUAUCAAAAUUUCGGUUUCAAUUUGGAUCAGAACCC